AUGCAGCACCGCUCUGAGACGCCGACGGGAAAUGUGGGAGAGGGCGACGGGGACGAGGCCUCGCGGCAGCCUGUCUGGCCUUCUGGAACAUCAUCAAGUCUCUGGCGGGACCUACUUCCCAAAGCCAGCCAGCCAAAGCUGGGGAAGGAGAAUCGGAAGGAUGUCAGGCUUGGUCCUGAGCUCAACAACGCCCACGUCUUUUUUCCCCUUUCUUAUGUCACCAACGGGGGUGGGGUGGUACAAGGCAACAUGCUGGGGCCCCCUUCCAGCCCGGGGCCUCCCCCCCAGGCCCCGACUGAGGCUGCUGACCAGCCUCUCCCGAGGGCCACUGAUUGCCUCCAGUUAGCCCUCUGGCUUGGCAUUCAAGGCCCUGGCAGUCCUGGAGGACUUGGAGGUGUCUGCCGCCCCUCAGGACGUCCCCAUGGGCACAGAGCCUGUGCCCCGGGCCCACACGGGCACAGCGAGCCUAGGCAGGGCCCGGCUCUGACCCCGAGCCUCCCCGCCCAGGCGAGGUUCAACCACGCGGGAGCCCCCUUCCAGAUGUUUGAUUCGGCGGCCUUCCAGCAGAGGAACCUCCUGUUCAAGGACUCCACCAUCGAGCUGGUGCCCAUCGCCACGCACAGCUACCAGGCCUGGCUCGGGCCCGACUACCUGCACGCCAUGGCGGGCCUGCUCUGCGACCCUGACCGGCUCCCCAGCCACCUCCGCUGGUGCGUGCUGUCCACGCCGGAGAUCCAGAAAUGCGGGGACAUGGCCGUGGCCUUGAGCCGGAAGCAGCUGAAGCCGGAGAUCCAGUGUGUGUCCGGGGAGUCGCCCCAACACUGCAUGGAGCAGAUCCAGGCCAAGGAGGCUGACGUGAUCACCCUGAGCGGAGGCAACAUCUACACGGCCGGGCAGACCUACGGCCUCGUGCCAGCCGCGGGGGAGAGCUACCAGGACGACAGGAAGGACACGUACCACGCGGUGGCCCUGGUGAAGAGGAACAGCUCCUACGCGUUCACCAUCGACGAGCUCCGGGGGAAGCGCUCCUGCCACUCGGGGUACGGCAUGGCGUCCGGCUGGGACAUCCCCGUCGGGGUCCUGGUCCAGAGAGGCUUCAUCCGGCCCAAGGGCUGUGACGUCCUCCAAGCCGUGAGUGAAUUCUUCUCUGCCAGCUGCGUGCCCGUGAACAAUGCCAAAGACUACCCCUCCCGGCUGUGCGAGCUCUGCAUCGGGGAUGACCACGGCCUGAACAGAUGCCACGGGAACAGCCAGGAGCGCUACUACGGCUACAGCGGGGCCUUCAGGUGCCUCGCCGAGGGGGCUGGAGACGUGGCCUUCGUCAAGCACUCGACGGUCUUCGAGAACACCGAUGGCCACAACCCCGAGGCCUGGGCGGUCAGCCUCAAGUCCGAGGACUACCAAUUGCUGUGUCCCAACGGCGCCCGGGCCGAAGUCACGCAGUUCGAGGCCUGCAGCCUGGCCCGGGUGCCGGCCCAGGCCGUCAUGGUGCACCCGGACACCAACGUCUUCGCCGUGUACGGGCUGCUGGACAGAGCCCAGGACUUGUUCGGGAACGACAGCAACAAGAACGGCUUCAGGAUGUUCGACUCGUCCGACUACCGCGGCCGAGACCUGCUCUUCAGGGACUCCACGGCACGGCUGGUGCCCGUCGGCGAGAGGACGACCCCCGCGGCCUGGCUGGGCCCCGACUUCGUGGCCUCCCUGGAGGGGCUCCGGUCGCUGCAGUGCUCGGGAGCAGCCAGGACGGCGGCCCCCGGCCGGCCUCUGCUGCUGCUGCUGCCGCUGUGCCUAGGCUCCGUGCUGGGCGGCCCUGCCCUGGCCCAGCUCGGCCUGGGCCUUCCUUGAGCCGGAAGGACGCUCGGAGCCCUGCGGCCAGGCGGCUCGGGCCGGGCAGGACCCGAGGAUAAAGCAGGGCGUCACCGGCCCGGCUCCCCCGUCGCCCCCCACGUGCCUGCGUGAGGACGGGCUGGAGGGGGAGGCCGGGAUGUGGCACGGACAGGGCGCGGGCGCCGCCGUCCUUCUCUCCUCCCUGCCUGCUCGCACCCUGCGCCGCCCUCCCGUGCCAACCUCACCCCGCAGGCCCUGGCGCUGUCCGGGCCGUCACGGCGCACCUUCAGGCAGGACACGCCGCCGGCUCUGGACCGCUGACCGCCCCGUGGCUGGCCGUGAGAGGAACGAAGCCGACGUGCCACAACAGCCGCCAGUCAGCGCCUCCCUGAGGCUGGGCGGGGGGCACAGACACCCCCACGUCGGUGCCGACACCCGCCUCGGCGUCCCUCCCAGCGGCCCCUCACGGAGGCCGCGGUGCUCCGCGCGGGCAGUGAGUCGCCUCAGAGGGAAGCCGGACGUCCUGGCCACGACGGCCGCCCAAACGGCCUCUCAGGCUGGGCUGGACCGUGGCUGGGGGGCAGCCUCCAGCCUUGCUCAGGAGCAGCCACAAGAAGCCCAGCCGGCCUCCCUCCUGCGGCCUCCGUCUCCUGGGCCGGGCCGAGGGCGUCAGCGUGGCUCUGGCUCCCCGGUGCCGAGUGCGAGGCAGCCUUGGCACGGCUCUGGCCGAAGAGCGUGUAAUGGGGUUUGGGCUUGGCGGGUGUGAAUAAAGUUGUUGCCGAUGCACA